AUGAUUUCUAGUCGCCUCAGUGGGGACCACGAUAUCGAGGCUAAACCCUUCCUCCCCAUUCAGGUCGUGGUGAUCGGGGCAAGCAUUGGAUCGGGCCACACCUCUGCAGCCUUGGAGCUCCAACGACGCCUUGAAAACGAUGGUGUCAACACCGAAUACCAUGACAUCCUCGACGCUCUACCUAUCUUGAUCAGAAUCAUGCUUAGAGAACUUUAUGCGCCUCUAGUCACCUUCGCCCCUUUACUCUUUAGCUGGCUUAUGGUAGCCUGGGAGAUCGAGUCCUCGUGGAUGAUACAGGUAGGACUAUGGACCGCUUCAGAUCGUCGAGUGCUGGCGUGGAUACAAGACAAGCAGGCCAUUGUCACGACGCACGCCAUUGCGACCCAGAUUGUUGGCAGACUCAAAGACCGAGCCAAGCACGACGUACCGAUCGCGUCGUAUCACUGUGACGCAGGAAUACAUCCGCUACAGCUGCACCACUCUGUCAGCCUGAAUCUCGUACCUGCCAGUAUAGCAGCCCUGGCUUGUCGGAGCUAUGGACAUGGUGCUACAGUCAUAGCCCCGUUGGUCCGGCCGCGGUUCAGAGAGCCUAUACACGACCUCACUCGCUGCAGACUAAAAGAAAGCCUAAGGCUCUGCUCCUCAGCCCCAGUGAUCAUACUAGCCGCUGGGUCGCUGGGGAUCGGUAAUAUCGUCGGCACUGUGCACGACAUUCUGAGAGAAAUGGACACUGCUCGGCUGCUGGUACCGCGGUAA